AUCAAUAAAAUAUCUCUCGGUAACUACCAUAGUACUGUGCCGCUACUAUUACCAGUACAAAAGAUUGACGAAGGAAACACAUCGUCACACGCUAAUAUCUCCCUUGAAUCUCAUUUCUUUAUAACUAGCUUAUAACUCGGCCCGUUGGUCGAUUAACAUUAUGCAUGUUCAUAUUUGAUUGUUUAUAUUCAUUAGAAACAUGGUCCAUUAAUGAAACAAAUCAUAGAAUCCAACAUUGGACCAUAAGUGCAUUCGAUCUGGUGGGAUCCGAUGAAGUUCGAUUGGAAUGUCCCAUCAGAACAUUUUUCUUUUGAACUUGUAUGAUUGGUAGGAUGAAGGUCCAAGACAUAUUAGAUUCAAUUCGAUAUGGUCUUGGUCAAAGCUGUGUUGCGUCCAGUGUGGUUUGGGGUUGACCAUCAAAACUUGAGAGCAAAUGACAAAAUUAGAGUUACAUCCAAUAUACUAAUAGACUCCAUCAAAGUAAUGAGGCACAAAAUUAGACACUCCUUAUCUACAGGUUCCAGUAGUUUGAAUAGUGAAUCGACCUUAACUUUAGUAAAUCAAUCAAUGAUUCCUUAUUUUAACAUAAACAUAGGUUGUGUUAGUUGCAACAGCCAUAACACCUAAAGAUCCAAUAGUUUCCACUCUCCGUUGUAGAACCAACUUUUUAUCCCUCCAUCUUCAAUCUCUCGACGUAUAUGUUUUAAACCAAAAUUCAAUUUCUAAUCCUCCUUCUGCAACUCCGUUUAUGCUACUUUGAUGGACCUUCUCUCCAUGAACCUGAAUUUCUCUAUCAAUUGAGUUUCUUGUCAGCUUGAUCUCCAACUCCUCAAUCCUCUUUCUUGUAUUUGGCAAACUCAUCUCCCUCGAGGCAGUUUUAAUAAGCUCGUAAAACCAACACUCAUCUUUAAUUCCAUCAAUAUGCUCUUCUCCUCCUUCUCUGCAUUCACCUGAUCCAGUUCACUUCCAUGUCCUUCAAUACCCUCUCCAUUUUCAUUAAUACCCUGAUCAUCUACCACUUCUCUCUCUUCAACUGCUUCGAUUUUGCUUCUAUGUCUUUCAAUAUCCUCCUUGUUUCAAUCACUACCCUGACCAACUGCCUCUUCACUGCUUUCACUUGCUGCAAACUACUUUCAUGACUUUUUAUCAAUGUUGUCAAAGCCGAGUCGGAGUAUGACCCGGUAACGUGAACGGCUCGGUCAUUAGUGGUUCAGCCAGCAUUAGACCGUUUAAAAACCGUUUGAGAACCGGUACAUUAUAAACAAUAUAAUAUCAUAGUAGAACACACAUAAAGUAAUAAUUCAAUGAUUUAAUGAGUAAAAAUGAUAAUUACAGGUACCAUUUAAUAAUUCUACACAACAUAUAUAUACAACAACUAAAAAAAACCCUAACCUAAUCCUAAGCGACAACGCCGCUUCCCCACCCAUCACUCUCCUUCCUUCCGCUUCCCCAUCCCCCCUCCCUCUCUCCUUCCUCCUCUCCCACCGCUGCACCUAUUUUCAUUUUCCAGCCACUAUAGCCUUUUGCAAUUCCUCAAAAAUCCAUCACCUCAUCCUUUCUUAAACCGUAAAUGCUCUUCCUCGUCCCAAUCCGCGAAAUUGCUCGGAUUCAAUCCAAGCCUCUGGUGAGACAUGGCAGCUUAGCGAGGAGCUGCUUGCGACGGUGGCGAUGGGAUGGAAGCGCCGGGAGCGGGGAGCUGCUUGCUACAACAAGGACUGGCGAUGGCGAUGCGAUGGCGACUGGGGAUGGCGAUGCCGUCGGGAAGCGCCGAUGCCGGGACAAGAGGUGUUGACGGCCGAUUCCACGAUUGGCCUUUUCUAUUUUUUUUUUAGGGUAAAUAAAACGGCCGAACCGCGGGACCGGCUCGACCGGCUCAAACGGUUAACCGCUUCGGCCGCUCGCCGGCCGCUGUAUAAAACCGUGGCGGUUAAAUAGCUGAUCCGAGCCGGUUUUACGGGCGGGUGGCGGCUUUGGCGGUCCGGCCGGCCGGCUCGGUUCGGCUUUGACAGCACUGCUUUUUAUACACCUUCCUCAAAAUCACAAUCAACUAACCAAUAUCAAUCUAUGGCCUUGGAUCAGUUUUAAACUCUCUAUGAACAUCUCAAUACCACAAAGUCUAAAUCUAAAUAUUCUUUCAGUUAAUCAUGAACUUGAGUUUAUCAAAAUUUAAACCACUCAUUCUAAGUUGAAAUUCCGAUCCCCCAAGCUCAUUUGUGGUUCAUUAGAUCCCACAUAACCAUGAUAUUAUACCUCUAACUAAAUAAAUCAAAGCACUUUACGAAAAGAAACCGAACCAUGAACUUUACCUGCUACCAAAUCCAAACACAAUUUCUUCCUCUCACCACUUCCCUUCCCAAACCCAAUAUCAACUUUUACUCCAAGUGUGUUGCGUGAAAGCUUAAUUUUAGCAAUCAUUAUGCUUGCAAUUAGAUUAAUGGACACCACCAAGUGCCAAAAUUCCACCAGACGAUGAGUUGUCUUCACUUUGAGUUUUGUCAUAAAACUGCUGGCCCGAUAUGUUUAUUAGUUUGGAGGCCAUAUGAUUAGCAAUACCGAAUCAGUAGCAGCGAAUUUACCGGUCACAGUAAUGACAAUGUGAAACAUGUAUUACCAAACGCGAAUAUGAGUUACUUUUAUGGAUUGACAUUAGAAUGAUGGGAUUGGACAAUGAGAUCGUCCUUAGGUAAGCAACAUGUACAUUGGUUCAUUUGGUAUGGAGGACACAAUCCGUUAAAAUUCUAAAUUAUUUGGGUGAGUUUGUAUUUUGUGUUUUCAAAAUCGUGGUAUAUGAGUUAGGUGAUUAAAAUAUCUAAACCCAAACGAACCGACCCACGCACACCCCUAGGAAGAGUUUCAAAACUUAGUAUUUAACCGGACAAAAAUGUUCAGAGAACCAGUCCCCUAUAGUUUGCACAAAGAUAUGAUUGCUUCACUAUAGUUCUGGAAAUUAAUCGUAAUUUAAGAAUUCUAUAUCGCUUCUACAUAUUCAAUACUAUAAUUAGAUAUGAAAUAUUCGAACCAACAAUAUUUUGGUUGCAAAUUUAUGGUUAUCGUCUAUUUAUAAGAUAGAUAAAAUUUUAAAUUAAAUAUUAUACUAUAAUUAAAAUAAAAUAUCAAAAUCGAAGUAUCAAAACACCAAAAAGUAGUUACGGAAUAUUUAUUGGGCUAGCUAACUGUUGAAAAGUUCUGUGAUUUCAUAUUUUAGCUUCGUAUAUAUUUUUAAUUUAAAAAAUACAACAAAUCUACAUAGUCUGAUUGAUUUUAAACCUUCACUUUGUUUGAAGUGACCAUGGUUCAAAUCUCAAUAUGUCUAUCUUUUUAUGUAAAUAAAUAAAAAAUACACAUAAUUGUUAAGACAAAAAUGUCCUUCAAUUUUUCUCUCAUUGCAGGAAAUUUGAAAAGGGAGAUUAAGUUUCAAAUAAUUAAAUCAUAUACCCUAAAUCUAUAGAACUUAAACCUAAUAUCACAUAUACUAAGAACAUAAUCAAUGAUCCUGAUUCGC